AUGCGACGCGUGGUGGUUACGGGACUGGGCGCUGUGACUCCCUUAGGAACCGGUGUUCGCCACACCUGGAAACGUCUGUUGGACGGCCAGUGUGGUAUCGUCUCUGUGAAAGACAGACAUCCGGGGUUUGCAGAAAUACCAUGUCAAGUUGCCGCUGUUGUGCCCCGAGGGCCAAAGCAGUUUGGUGGCUGGACUUCAUCUGAAUGGGUUACCCGUGAUGAAGAAAGAAAGACAGCAUUAUUCACUCAGUAUGCACUGGCAGCCACUGAGGAAGCUCUCAGUGAUGCCGGCUGGAAGCCUGAGGCAGAAGAUGCUAAGGAAAUGACAGGUGUAUGCCUGGGCUCCGGGGUAGGAAACCUCGAAGAAAUAUACAACACUUCUCUUGCGUAUGCAGGAAAUUUAUCUGGUGGUGGCAAGGGAUAUAGGAAAAUUCCGCCCUUAUUUGUACCAAAGUCCCUCACCAAUCUGGGCGCUGGGCAUCUCUCAAUGAAAUAUGGCUUCAUGGGCCCGAAUCAUGCAGUCACGACUGCAUGCACUACUGGUGCUCAUUCAAUAGGUGAUGCCGCCCGCUUCAUACUAUAUGGAGAUGCGCAUGUCAUGGUCGCUGGAAGUGCAGAAUCCUGUAUUCACCCUCUUACGAUCGGUGGUUUUGCCAGGGCUCGCAGUUUAGCCACCGGUUUCAAUGACCGGCCUGAAAAGGCGUCUCGCCCAUUCGACAAAGACCGUCAAGGUUUCGUAGUGGGCGAAGGGGCUGCUAUACUUGUCCUCGAGGAGUUGCAACACGCGAAAUCCCGUGGUGCGCGGAUAUAUGCGGAGUUGAAAGGCUACGGGUGCUCUGCCGAUGCGUACCACAUGACGGCACCGCAGGAAGGAGGCAAAGGGGCUGUACUGGCCAUGAGACGUGCUUUGAAAAAUGCCGGUUUACCUCCAGGUAAGAUUGACUACAUCAACGCACAUAGCACGUCUACUGUGAUUGGAGACGCGGCAGAAAACGCUGCGAUUACACAGCUGUUCCUCGGGUCCGAUGGUAAGGAAAAAGAAUCGGAUAUCAAUGUUAGUAGCACCAAAGGUGCCAUAGGGCACCUUUUGGGUGGUGCUGGUGCUAUCGAAGCAAUAUUUUCUAUCCUUACGAUCCACGAGCAAAUAUUGCCACCAACGAUCAAUCUCGAAGAUACCACCGAUGACUUCCGCUGCAAUUAUGUACCGAACGUAGCACAAGACCGACGUGUGGAUGCUGUGCUUACGAACAGUUUUGGCUUUGGCGGUACCAAUGCGAGUUUAUGCUUUGCCAAAUUUUGA